AGUUGCCGCGCCCCGCCCCGCGCCUCUUCCUGUGGCAUGUUGGGGCAGGUGUCUUUGCCGUUCCUCAGUUAACUAACAAGAACGAACUCCGGUAACGAGUCAUCAGUGACGCUAAGUGAGCAAAUAUUUGGUUAUUAAACAAAUAUCAUACUUAAAAUGUGGCCGGAUGUAGUAGCCACGAAUCAUCUUCUACAGCGUAACGUGGCCGGACGACAGCGUGAACACACCGACAUCAUGCCAGACGUCAGCAAGUUGUUGUCAGUUAUGUCACAAUGGAACAUCACAGACAAGAGCAGCUAUCGGACCUUCCGUGGGCUACUUUGCUUUUUGGUAUUUACAUGUGCAGCCAGUGUAGAUGACUGCCCAGAAAACGAGUACUACAUGGAGAAGUGGUGCAUUCCCUGUACGAUCUGCGAGCACCUGAACAAGGAAGAGCUGCAGCCCUGUCUCCCGCAGUCUGAUGCUGUCUGUGGAGACUGCUUUCCAGGAUACUACAUGGACCAGCGAUAUUGCCAUUCCUGUGAGUACGCGCCCGCAGACAACAGGUACUGUCAGCUGUGGCUGGCCUCUCAAACUACCUCUAGGCCUGCUGCAGGCACUACAAUUUCAACGAGUACACAUGCACAGAUACAGCAUUCUGUCGUACAAACAACGCCGCCAUCGGUGACUGAAGAGGCACCAGGGAAGCCAACAAGCCGAUCUCUAUAUCCUGGUGAAAUCGCAGCCAUUGUUGUUUCCUCAUUGGUUGGACUGGCUCUCUUCAUCGGUGUCUUGGUGUUGGUAAAAAUAUACCGGAACAAUAACGAAGAAGCGACUCCUAUCCAAGCAACUGGCGAAGACCAACAAGGUCACAACUACACUUGAUCUUAAUACUUCUAACACGAGGAUAUGCUGGUUUAAAAAAUAAGCUAGAUGUUGUGACGGCGUUUUUGGAAAGAGCUACUACAUUUGUACUACCACAAGUCAACUUGUUUGCUCAAUAAAAAAAUUAAUCCUGGUUUUAUGUCGCGGGCUAGAAAGGCAAGUCUGAUCGAGUGCUUAUUAACUUAUCACAACACAGUUCAUUUCAUGCAGGUGUAAAUUUUACUGAACAAUUUCUACCAUAUCCUUGGUGCUCUCCACCAUCACGUCUUAUCCGCAGUAAGUUAGAACAAGGACAUUUAAAAUCAAACUGAUUUAAACCUCCUUGGUUAGAAUACGUAACAUUUAUCAAUCUGUGUGGUCGUGUAACGUAACGACAGAGUGCUCGACUCGAAACAAGUCCCGGGUUGGGAAAAGCACUUUACUAUACGACUUUCCCC